UGGGAUCUACAAGACAGAGCAGCUCCUUCCAAGAGGCCUCACUAAACCGUAAUACUGUGGUUUGCCCAAACCCACGCAAUGAGGUGAUGCAAGUCUCCCCACCGUCGAGUCCAAUCUUGUCUCAGGCCUGCGAGUCACCACCACCGGUGCAAAUGCAUUCGGCACACUAUGAGCCCCGCUGGUAUUUAAAGGAGCAGGAAUGACGGAAAGGCCACAGCCUGUCCAACAUGUUGGAGAGGUGCCUCGUCAUUCUGUUUAUGGUUGUGAGUGGCUCCUCAUUCCAUGGAAACAUUACCCAGAGAUGUUUUCAGGAUACCAUUAGGUUUCUUGAAGAUCUCAAUAAGGAUGAGCCAAGCCGCUAUGCUGUCCUGAUGUAUGAUGCCUUCGGGAAAAUGGGAAGUGACUUCACAGGAGGAAACAUGAACCGCCUGGGAUCGCUGAGUGAAUGCCUGUCAGCCGAUGCUGGUGAUUUUAAAGGCCAGUAUUGCCAAGUCAUACUGAAGCAGGGAAAAAUGGAAUAUAUUGUUGGUCUGUGUGUCCCCAGUACAUGCAAAGAGAGUGAAGUAGAAGUACUUGUUAUAAUUGACAUAUUUCAGUACAAAGGCUCCUCACUAAUAGCUCCUGUACCAUCGGUGUUACUGCCCAAUGACACCCAAGGGAUUUACAAAGCUCAAUGUCUGGAGAACAUGGCCACCCCUGACGCAUCGGCCAUUGUGUGCUUGCUUAUCUGUCUUAUCCUCGCUGCUUUGCCCCUAUCAGCGACUCUCUAUGUGGCGGUCCUUAAAUGGAAAUCUCCAAAAUCGGAGGAUGCCAGCCCUGCUCCUCCUGGUGAAUUUGAUGAAAACCAUUACGGCACUUUCCAGCUCAACAACGUACAUCUCCGACUGGCAAACAGCUAUAGUCAUGAAGAUGAAUCUUCUAAAGCCUCCAAUAUCACAAAUCAAGAAAGAAGAAGCCAAGGUGUCCGAGAGAAGGGCUUCUUGGAUCACUUCAUCGCAACCAUAUCUCUACAAAAUACAGCGCCAGCUGUCCUGAGUGCCCAAACCACUGGAGGAAGCUAUUCAACCUUGAAUGGGAUUCGAGUUCUGAGUCUCCUUUGGAUUAUUUCAGGACACACCAUCCAGAUCUGGUCUAUGAUUAAUUUAGAUAAUUCCAACCGCUGGAAAAACAGUGUUACUCGAAAUCCAUUGAACAUCCUGACCAUAGGUGGACCAGCAUACUUAGCAGUGGACACCUUUCUGCUUAUUGGGGGGCUACUAAGUGUGCAGUCUUUAUUGACGUUGAUUAAAAACUCAAAGGGCAAAGGCAUCUUCUGGAUUGUGGUAAAAUACUUGUUGAACCGAUAUAAAAGAAUUCAGCCCCUCCACCUGUACACCGUGUGUCUGUGUGUUGGUCUUCUGCCUGUCAUGCCAAAAGGCUCCUUCUGGAUCUUUGCAGAGAUGCAAACUGAGAACUGCAAACGUCGCUGGUGGACAAAUCUCUUGCUAAUAAACAACUUCUUUGAGUCCAGUGAGAUUUGCAUUCCCUGGUCCUGGUAUCUGGCCGUUGACAUGCAACUUUAUAUUCUAACACCCGUUCUACUCUUUGUGUUUCAAAGAAGUAAAUACGCCAUGAUUACAGUGGCCACUGUCCUCCUGCUGACCUCCAGCCUGUCCGGGGCUUUGCUCACUGCCUUUCUGCACUUACCAGUUUCUCUGCCACUCACAGCGGCACAUGCUGCGUACUUUGACUAUUAUUACGUUAUGCCUAAUGCCAGAUGUGCCCCUUAUGUAGUGGGGAUCCUCCUGGGAGUAUUCAUGAAAGAGAAGAAGGAACAUCUGCUGAGAACUGAGAGACAGGCUGCAGCUGGCUGGGUUUCCACAUUCAUCCUCUUGGCUCUGCUGAUAGCUGUGCCAUAUUUUUUAAACGACGUUCCCAAUUACCCUUCUGCAAGCCAUUCCGUUUACCAGGGACUUCACAGGGCUCUGUGGGCGGCUGCUGUUGCCUGGAUCGUACUUGCGUGUGAGGAAGGUUACGGGGGAUUUGUACAGUCUUUCCUGUCACUACAUUUCUGGAGACCACUGUCAAACAUUAGCUUUGCGUGUUACAUGGUCCACCCGCUUAUCAUUAUUGGCUACAGCAUGAUGCAGGAAACUGGGCUCCAGUACACUGCUUGGAAUCUGGUGUACCUUUUCAUUGGACACAGCUUCUUGACAGUGAUGUCGGCCUUCUUAUUAACACUGCUGGUUGAAAAGCCGUUUUUAUAUCUGAAGAGCUGCACUUGACCCAGGAGUGGGAGCGUCCAUCAUUGUCACACAUUUUCUGUAGCUCUGGUCUGGCUGCACUGUGACUCUUGAAUAAAGGAUUUGUCAUCCAGUGUCUUCUGUUUUUGUAUUAUUUUGAUAUUAUCCAUCCAUUGCUUUAUGCUACAAAACGCAUAUACAGCGCCUUGUAAUUAAUUGA